AUGCGUCGUUUAAUUACUACCUUAGUCCUUUUUGGGCUUGAGAGCUCUGUCCGUGGAAUCGCAACGCGUGGUAUUCCAUAUUCUCCCUCAGGGACUAUUCAGGAUUAUACUUCAUCACCACGUCAUUUGUCGUUGGCAGAGAUGCAGUAUAAUUUUGAUCGCCAUCUUGGACGGAAGACUAAUGGGCUCUAUGAUGGGUCCACAUUCGUCCCUGGUGUUGGUGCCCACCCAGUAGAUCGCUUUCCGUUCUACUAUCCCUCGCCCAACGCUCAGCAAAAUAAGGCUGCGCCUCCUCACAAAGCCCUCGAGGAUCUCCUUCCCGAAUUGGGUAGUGGCUAUACGGCGGAUCUUCGGACGGAUCAAGCGUUUGCUGAUCUCCCCGAGCAUAUUAGAGCAGCUAAACAAAGCAUCCUGAUGGCGCAAAGCGACAGCUCUGGACAAGUUCCGCGCGGGCUGAUUCCACCACCGCCACCUCCUGAUCAUAAAGCAAUUCCCAAGGCCUACCAAGCCCCUCGUGUUCAUCUUUCAGGACUUUGGUGGCUGCUUAUGUGCCUUUUUAUUUGCAUAUUUUCUAUCUUGGGAAGGUAUGGUGUCUAA